CAUUUCUAAUAAUUGAUGGCUCCUCAGUUUCUCAGUGUCAAGCUUAAGGCAAACAUGAACGGCAGCAUCUCAAUCUCUCAGUGGCUGGCUCAGCUUAUCUGCGUUGGCCUUAUCAGUCUGAGCACAGGCGAUGCGAGUGCGGGCAGCACAGUUUCCUUGACCGUCAAGGAGAUUGAACGGCUUUACAAUGAGGUGUUGCAGACCAGCUUGGAUGACGCCCGGACAAAACUGAGCCAUUUAAACGACAGCAAUGCUAUUGAUAAACAAUAUUUUGAUGAGCUCGACAAGAUUGUGGGCACGGAGAGUUACUAUAGCAGCGCAUACUUUAUAUUUGCCCUGAUCAAUAGCUCCCUGUUCGAUCGAUCAGAACCUGACCAACUGCUGCUGCAGGUGCUGCCGGGCGAGAAGAUCUGUAUACGAAACUUUUUUGUCAAAGUUCGAUUGGAAUUGCUGAAAUACUUUGCAACCAGAGAACAGACCAAAGUCGAACUAAUACGAAAUGUGUCGCGCUGGCAACAGGCAACUGAAAAUAGUAUCGUGCUGGCCUUCUUGGAGUUUCCACAAAAACUGCAAGAUCAGGUGCCAGAGCUACAGUUGAUGGACUAUAUGCGGCAGGCAAGCGGCUUAGUAGAGGGCAUUGCACAAGCAUUACAAGCGACUCUACCAUAAUAACCAUAGAAUAUAGGAAAUGUUUUUUUUUUAACUACCUACAAAGUUUCUAUCCUAUAUCAUAAAGUAUAUAUAUUCCUAAUCAA